AUGGACGACAGCUUAGAAAAACCAACAGCAGCGUCACAACCCACGGAUCCGGAGGAGCACACUGAAGACGAACAAUCCUCAGGUGAGGAGGAUCAAGGACCUGACUGGACGAAAAUACCGUAUGUCGUCGCACGUCCUGUUAUCCCAAAGAGAGGAGAAAAAGAGUUUGAGCCCAUCGCGGCAGGUGGCUCUGGUCUACAGCGUCAUGUCUUGGACCGCGCUCGGAGUGCUAUGCUUGAUGCCUUGGCGGCGCCUCGGACCAUCUCUAACAAGUCUAUCAGCUAUGCUGUCUGGCAUCCCGAGAUCGCGCGUGGUCAUGUCACACUAAAUCGGGGAAUCCAUUUCGCAACCAUGGGGCACUCAGUCGCGCGCGCACCGUCCAUUCAAGAUGGAGCAACGAAGAUCCAAAAGAGACUCGAAUUGCUUCCAGAAGAAGCACUCUACCUGGUAGAGCGAGGCGCGAUGCUUUGUUGGAAAGCGUCCGAACUGGCUUUAUCCGAGACUCCUGGACUAGAGGACGUUGAAGGUGUCCCCAUGACCGUUCAGCAGGCGUUUGCUGAGAUGGUAGGCACAGAAGACUUGACCUUGGAAAAAUAUCAGGUCUUCGCCUACUUGAAACGACUCGGAUACGUAGUAACGCGUACCAAACCACCAUCCCCUGAUUAUCCAACACCUCCGCCCUACAGUCUCCGCCCACCAUCAAUCCUCACGAGAUUACACUCUGCUCUUCAUUCCACCAUGCGCAGAAUAUUGCAGGCCUUCUACCCGAGGAUCGACUGGUGGAAUCCGUUACGACUUGGUCGCUGGCUGCACCACAACCUAGACUCCAGAUCCGUUUUUCGAUCGCUGCGAUUCCUCCCAGCCGGUCACCACAUCCCACUGCGUGUGCAAACAUCACCUAAAUGCGCGCCCUCGCAGUACGAAAUCUUUUACAAUUUGUAUAAACCGUCGACGCCUUUUAAAAAGACCGCACCGCCCGCCCCAGACUUUUCUGUGGUGGUCGUCAACGCGCGAACAACGCCCAUGCCUUCAUUGACAGAUCUAGCAGCGCUCUUCGAUGUGCUUCCCGAGCUCCCCCCUCCGGUCCCCCGCAAACGCGUGUCGUUCGCACAACAAAAGGCGAUGGCGAUGGCCGCUGAAUCCCCUGUGGCUCCAGCACCUGAUGUAGAGCAGCCUCUGCUUCAGAGGCUGUUCCCUUGGGCAUUCGCGUCACCUGCCAAAUCGACACCGCCUCGGAAUCCCAAUCCAUUCCUUGCGUUGAAAUCGGGGAAGAAGAUGGUCGUCAUCGCCGCCGUCGACGCAGGCACGAUCAGUUUCUUCAGGUUUGGCCAAGGUGUGUUCACCGAAUGGCCGAUGGCAUAG